AGGUCGCGACCAGCUCAAGGCCCAGUUACUGCAGAACGAGGUCAAGGAGCUCGAGCACGAGGAGCAGCUCGGCACGCUGCUGUGCCAGGCCAUCGAGGGCUGCAAGAAAGACGGCGUCCUGUCGGAGGAGCUCCUGUCCAGCAUCUGCAGGGUCGCGAGGUUGCCGCUCGGGGGCCAGCUGGCCCUAGGCGUCGCGUGCCUCCAGUCCACCAGCGACGCCACCAGGCGCGAGGGCGCCAAGUUCCUGCGCGUCAGGGCGCGGGAGUUCGCAGCCCCAGGCGGCAGGCACCCCAG